UUUUGGAAAAUAGGUGAUUGAUCUGAAAGACAUGUUAUCCAACCUCAAGCGCCGCGGCAUGCGAUCCCUUCUGCUCUUCCCCUCCUCGCUCCUCCUCCGCCCUUCCACUUUCUCCUCCGCCGCCGACUCCGCCGUCUCAAUUCCUCCCCCGAACAUCCUUCGUCGCCCACUUCCACUUCUCCCCGCCCCUCCCUUCAGCGGCUUAAAAAGAGGGCCGGCAUCACCGAUCGCUGCCUCCUCUCCUUCGUCUUCCUUCCGCCGCCUUUCUUCUUCCGCAAGCUCAAUGGCGGAUCAAGACGUGUCGUAUCUCUCCCAGAGCGAGGCGGCCGAGGUCGACGAGAUCCUCAUGGGCCCGCUGGGAUUCAGCGUCGAUCAGUUGAUGGAAUUGGCCGGGUUAAGCGUUGCUACUGCGAUAGGGGAGGUCUAUAAAUCAAGUGAAUAUAGUCGCAUCCUUGCUAUCUGUGGUCCAGGAAAUAAUGGCGGUGAUGGUCUUGUAGCUGCUCGUCACCUCCAUCAUUUUGGAUAUCAGCCUUUUAUAUGUUAUCCUAAGCGUACACCAAAAACACUGUAUAAUGGUCUUGUUACCCAGCUUGAAUCACUAUCUAUUCCUUUCUUGUCUAUCAAUGACCUGCCUCAACACUUAGCUGAAAAUUUUGACCUUAUUGUCGAUGCAAUGUUUGGAUUCUCAUUUAAUGGUCAACCAAGGCCGCCUUUUGACGAUCUUAUUCAGAGGCUUGUAUCUUUAAGGCAUGACAACUAUGUUUCUAAGAGAUCACCUCCAAUUGUUUCAAUCGAUAUUCCUUCUGGCUGGCAUGUUGAGGAAGGUGACAUCACUGGUGAAGGCCUUAAACCUGACAUGCUGGUUUCCUUAACUGCUCCAAAACUCUGUGCCAAAAAGUUUGUUGGUCCUUACCACUUUCUUGGUGGUAGAUUUGUUCCUCCAUCCAUCUCCAGUAAGUACAAACUCUGUCUUCCUAAAUACCCAGGCACUUCAAUGUGUGUCAGAAUUGGAAAACCACCAUCUGUUGACAUUGCAUCACUCAGAGAAAACUAUAUUUCUCCUGAACUUCUUGAGGACCAAGUAGCACCUGACCCUGUUGAUCAGUUCUUUAAAUGGUUUGAUGAAGCAGUUGCUGCUGGUUUGCGCGAGCCAAAUGCUAUGACUUUGUCAACUAGUGAUCGUGAAGGAAAACCUUCAUCUCGGGUAGUCUUGCUAAAAGGAGCUGACAAGCACGGAUUUGUGUGGUAUACCAAUUAUGAAAGCCGAAAAGCACAUGAGUUAUCUGAAAAUCCUCAUGCUUCACUUCUUUUCUAUUGGAAUCAGCUAAACCGCCAGGUUAGAGUUGAAGGAACUGUUGAAAAGGUUUCUAGAGAGGAGUCUGAGCAAUAUUUCCAUAGUCGUCCUCGAGGAAGUCAAAUUGGAGCAAUUGUCAGCAAGCAGAGUACUGUGGUCAUCGGAAGGCAUGUGCUUCAUGAUGCCUACAAGGAACUAGAGGAAAGAUAUGCAGAUGGAACCGCGAUCCCUUUGCCCGAGUUCUGGGGAGGCUACAGACUGAAGCCAACCAGGUUUGAAUUUUGGCAAGGCCAGCCUUCUCGUCUUCAUGAUCGGCUGCAAUAUUCACUUAGGAUAGUUGAUGGAAAUGAAUUAUGGCAUAUCGAAAGGUUAUCCCCAUGACUAGACUCUAUUUUGGCCUCUGCCUUGUAAUAAUGCAAGAAUUUUGUUCGAUGAUGUCGAACAAAUAGGAUAGAUUUUCUUCAUGAUGAGAAGGCUGGGUUUAAGUCGAUGAACUGUAACUUUCAUCCUUAUGGCUUGCCAUUUUCUCGCUAAAUGGGAUCAUUUUAUGAGUGUGCUCAUGAAGUAGAUCACUCUUCCUUUUACUUUUUUAA